AGGCCCAGUGCCCCUGAUACAGCCAGCUGCAGGCCUCGCUCUUCUCCACUCCACUGUACUUUACUUUUGUCCACAAGACCACGAUUAGGCCCCUCUGACACAAACAACGAGAGAACGGAUCUCAUUCCCAGACUUGACCGUGACACCUGAAGGAGCGAUGAGCGAGUGCGAUGCCCUUUUUGUGCUCAAAGUCCUGUGCUGUCUGCUGCUAACAUGUCACGCCGUAGAUGGAAGGAAGAUGAGAGGACAUCCAGCCGACGUGGCCGUUCUGGGAGACAAGACGGUCCCUGUGAAGGCAAAAGAGCCCCACAUCAGCAGCUCGGUCUUCCGGCUAUUGGUGGCGAGGGAGGACACCUGCACACUGGAGCCGCCGCAGCUGCACGGCCUCUCGUCCUGCGGCUUCAACGCCACUAAUCCCCUCAUCAUCAUCACUCACGGGUGGUCGAUGGAUGGCAUGAUGGAAAACUGGGUGAUAAGGUUGGCCUCCGUCCUCAAGACUCAUCUGCGAGACGUCAACGUCGUGAUAACCGACUGGCUGUCCCUGGCUCACCAGCACUACCCCAAAGCGGCUCACAGCACGCGCCUGGUUGGAAAAGACAUUGCGCAUCUGUUGUCCUCACUCAAGGAGCACUAUGACUAUUCAUUCCAGAAGGUUCAUUUGAUUGGUUAUAGCCUCGGCGCUCACAUCUCUGGAUUUGCUGGAAGCCACUUUAAAGGACGAGACCAAAUCGGAAGAAUUACUGGUCUGGAUCCUGCCGGGCCGUUGUUUGAAGGCAUGUCGCCCACGGACAGGCUGUCGCCCGACGAUGCCGAGUUCGUGGACGCCGUUCACACGUUCACCCACGAGCGUCUGGGCCUCAGUGUGGGUAUCAAGCAAGCUGUGGCUCAUUAUGACUUUUACCCCAAUGGGGGCGACUUCCAACCUGGAUGCCACUUGCACAACAUCUACGAGCACGUCUCCCAGUACGGCCUUCUUGGUUUUGGACAAACGGUCAAAUGCGCCCACGAGCGCUCUGUGCAUCUGUUCAUUGACUCAGUACUCAACGAGGACCGUCCGAUCAGAGCGUACAGGUGCAGCGACAACCGGGCCUUUAACAAAGGCGUCUGUCUGGACUGCCGAAGGAACCGCUGCAACACGCUUGGCUACAACAUCAAAAAAGUUCGAACGGGAAAACGCAACAAGAGGCUCUACCUGCAAACACGCUCCAGGAUGCCCUAUAAGCUUUAUCACUACCAGCUGAGGAUUCAGUUUGAGCAGCCCAUGCAGAGCACCACACCUUCUCUCAGCAUCUCCCUCACUGGUACCAAAGAGGAAAGCGGAGCAAUUCCUCUCGCCUUCACGGAGCAGGUUCUGGGGAAUAAGAUGUACACCUUCCUGAUCACCAUGGACAAACAUUUGGGGGAUUUGAUGUUGCUCAAGUUUCACUGGGAAGGUUCGGCUCUGUGGAAAGACGUGUGGAACCGAGUGCAGACCAUCAUGACGUGGGGCGGACGGGACACCAAACCACUGCUGACUGUGAACAAAAUCAGCGUCAAAGAUGGCGACACACAAGAACGGACAUCUUUUUGUGCCAUGACAAAUGACGAACGGCAUGUGGAAAUGUCCAAAGUUAAAGUGUUUGUGCGUUGUCAACAAGAGCCAGGAAUGAAGCACAAAAAGAGGACGCACACGUAACUACACCGAAAUGUGGCAGAACCGCUCCAUGGACUGGUUUUCGCUUUGGGCUCCGAGGACGUGCAGCUCAAAGAUUGGGAAGGUCGCAGUGGAUGUGUGAGAGAAACGGGAGAGAAUGUGCGGUUGUUGUGAAGCAGCCUAUUAAGUGUGUAGAAAUAUUUGAUUACAUCACAACUUACCUUCCUGAGCAGAUGGAAAUCGAAAAAGUCAGGUCGUGUUCUAACAUUUCCGGCAUUUGGGAGAAAAACUGUUGAAAACUUGCCAGUUCAGCUAUUAUCGGAUGACAGCAAACUCACUGAAUUCCCAUUAGGAAGUUCAGUAGCAUUUUCUUGACAAUUCCAGGGAUUCGAUUUCAUUUUAUGCUUGUAAAUGUGAAAAUAAAUAACAAAGGCAACAAAACUGAAUCAAACCCAAGACUUAUCAGCAAUAAACUGAUCAUUUCUGUUUUGGCAUUUUUCACUUCUACAGUUGCAAAAACACAAACGCAUGAGUGAAACAAUUUGACGAGGGUUGAACAAAUCAAGACCAUAGGUCACAAAAACAAGCACAAUGACAUCAGUAAAGUCGCACACCUAAAGUUGUACUACAAUUGAUGCUCCUGGUCACUUAAAAAAAAACACACACAAAAAAAAACAGUGCAACGAUUAUCCGCACCAACAGCACACGCGUCAUCGUAUCGUAUUGUAUUGCUCCAUUGAUCACUUUCUCUGCUCAUUGUCGCACAGCUGUCAUCGGGUGACAAAGAAAAUGAUCUACAGAUCAUGGCUCUCUGCAGAAAUUGCAUAUCCAUUCAUC